UUUGAAUUGCAAAAUGUCCAGAAUCGCAUUCACUCCAACGCGGAUUGCGUUUGUGCAUCCCGACCUGGGCAUAGGCGGCGCUGAGCGACUGGUCGUCGACGCCGCACUCGCCUGCACCAGCAAAGGCCACGAGGUGCACUUGUUCACGUCGCACCACGACCCCGCGCGCUGCUUCAGCGAGACGCGCGACGGGCAGCUUCCCGUCCACGUCCACGGCAGCUGGUUUCCGCGGAACAUUGCAGGACGAUUUUACGCAUUCUGCGCCUAUCUGCGAAUGAUUAUCACUGCCAUCGCUAUGGCUUUGUUCUAUCCACGGUUUGACGUGGUCGUUGUCGACCAAAUUUCAGCGUGCAUCCCGUUUUUGCGCAUUUUCUCGCCAAAGUCCAAGAUUGUGUUUUACUGCCACUUUCCCGAUCAGCUCUUGACACAGCGAACCUCGCUUUUGAAGCGACUGUAUCGAUCUCCUAUUGAUUGGCUGGAGGAGCGGACGACAGGCCUUGCCGAUACCGUGCUGGUGAAUAGCAAGUUUACGGCUGGAGUUUUCAACGCCACUUUCCGUUCACUGCAGCACAUUCGGCCGCAGGUUGUGUACCCAGCCAUCAACGUUGCUGCUUUUGGGUCGGCAGAUGAUAACGGUGGCGGCCGUCCCCGCGGAUUUGCGCGACUCGCUCUUGCCCCUAACACCACUUUCUUGUCGAUCAAUCGCUUUGAGCGCAAGAAGAACUUGAUGCUGGCACUCGAAGCGCUGCUCGGACUGAAGCAGCAACUCACAAAAGCAGAGUGGGAGCACGUGCGACUCGUUUUGGCUGGAGGAUACGACGAGCGCCUCCCAGAAAACCGCGAGUAUCAUGCCGAGCUGCAGCAGUUUGCACAAGCGAACGGACUGGCAGACCAUGUCAGUUUCAAGCGUUCCUUCAGCGAUGAGGAGAAGAUUCAGCUUCUUCGCUCCUGCGACUGCCUUAUGUACACUCCGACCAAUGAGCAUUUUGGCAUUGGGCCCUUGGAAGGCAUGAUCUCCUCGCGACCGGUUAUUGCUGUCAACACGGGCGGGCCGCUUGAGACGGUCGUUCACAAGCGCACCGGCUUUUUGUGCAAUCCCACCUCGGAGGCGUUCACCGCGGCCAUGCUUGAGAUUGUUCGCAACCCUGACGCCGCCGAGCAGAUGGGCGUUGCCGGCCGUGCUCGCGUCCUUGACAAGUUUUCGUUUGCGGCCUUUGCCGAUCAGCUCGAAGAGGUGGUUCAGAAUUUGAUCGAGGCCGGUCCUUCUCCUGCAGCAGCAACAGCAGACCGUCGUCGGCAGCCCUCGCGCAAGGCCAAGAAGCUCUGAGGUUUGUUAUUGCUGCAUCAACAACGUUGGUGUUGUUGUUUUGACUGCCGUGCUCGUUGCGCUGCGACCGCGAGUUCCGGAUUGCCGUUUGUUCAUUCAUCCUGUGCCAAAGCACCUCUCAAAAUCGAGACCAGUGUCAUAUUUCUUCUUCUUCCUCGCAGUCAAAAGCAACAACAAAAACCGAG